AUGGCUCGUCUUGUGCUUUUGGCACUUGUGGUGCUGGUUGCGGCUGUGGCUGCCAACCCGGCCAGCUUGGUGGCUCAGGCUGCCUUUCGCCUGCAGCCGACCAUGGCUGCCUUGGAACACGAAAUCCAUCGCCGCAGCCUGUGUGACGUGGCCAUUUCAGAUGACGAUGCCACCAUCGCGGGCAUGAGCCUCGUUGAUAUUUGCAAUGACAUCGUCAGCGCGUGUGACAUGACCAAGCUCUUUGAGUCGCUUGGCUGUGUCAGCAAGGUCAUGGAGAGGCUCGCCGCCCUACAAACCGCUAGUCUACCCUCUUGCUUGGACGAUGCCAAGUGGUUUGCCAACCUCACCGCGACAUACAGCCAGGAAUUCCGUAGUCUCUUUGACUCUCUCUGCGAUGUCGACGGCGAAAUGAGCUGCCUGGAGCGGUUCAUCGCGCUUCUGGAUUCGUGCGGCCUCGACGAGAUUGUCAAAGACUUUGGCAUUAUGGAUCUUUCCUUUGUUUUUGCCACGUUGGAGACUGUUUGCCACAAGGCUCCGGAUGGGACCUACUGCGGUGCCAAACAAUUUGAGGUCAUGGAGAUGGGCUUUGUCGAGGGUGACGCGGACUCGCUGCGAGCUUGCAACGAUUUUAAUUGCACGCCCGAGUGCCGCGAUUACAUGAAGAUGCUGCGCGAUGAGCUGGGUUGCUGCAUUGCGGAGACCUUGGAGAUCCAAGCGGUGAUGGCCGAUCAUCUUGACCCCUCCCUGCUCGACAUCAUUCCCAGCGGAUUUUACGCGGGUGACUAUUUUGCAGUCUGUGACGUGACCGCGCCCACUGAACCGUGCGACAAAGAGUUUUUUGAUAUGCUGCACUCCAAGUCUUCUCCGGCCCCGUCCACCCAGCCCACCGCCGAUGGCGGCAAGAAGAAGAAGAGCAACUCGGCCAUGGCCGUGACGGCCGUGACGGCCGUAGCUUGUGUCCUUGCUGUGGGGGCCUUGGUCGCCUACGUCGUCCAUCGUCGCCGCAGCGCGCGCGUCGACCUCGCCUACCAGCCGGUGGGUGACAUCCAAAAUGGCGCCUUUGACAGCGACGACGAUGACGAGCUGCUAGCCGACCCGCCGUUCUUGGACCGCAGCAACGAGCUUGCCGGCUCCUCGGAAGCUUGA